AGUUCGUCAUCAUAUUUGUAUGCUCUGUGCAUCUUACUAUGACGUCAUUUAACAAGAAUGGAAUACAAUAUCAAAUAAGUAGUGAAGAGUUGGCUAACCAUUAUUUUAAACACAUUAAUAUUUGCCGGUGUGACACACAAAAGUGUCAAGUGUGCACUAAUUUAUUGAAAAUCUCCCUUCCCGUAGAAUACACGGCAGCAUGGAGGAGUUAAUUGGUAGUGACAGCCAGUCCAAGAGGAACGUACCACCAAUGUUGAAGAAAAUACUGCAGAAUGAUGUACAGCUCACAAAGAAACUUGUUGAGUCCGCAACAAGGGUUACAUGGACCAGAUCUCUCCGCAAUCAUUCUAAAUUAUUUGAGGUGUCUUGCCAUGGGAUCGUGUGGUUGGCUGCCUGGCUCACGUUUAUCUGGCUAUUUAACAAGCCAGACCUCUAUCAGUUGCAAGUUAAUAUGCUCAUAGCGCUCAUCUUGGACAUCAUAGUUAUAGCAGUACUGAAGGCAUUUGUCCGUCGUCGGCGACCCGUGCCUAUGAACAAGCUGCUUGAAGUUGGACCGGACAAGUUCUCCUUCCCGUCUGGACAUGCUAGUAGAGCCUGUAUGGUGGCCACCAUACUUAUAUUUAAUGAAAUACCUAUCUUCUGUCUCCCACCUCUUCUUGCGUGGGUGACUACGGUGUCCCUCACGAGAGUGCUGGCUGAAAGGCACUACAUCCUGGAUGUAUUGUGUGGCAUGGUGAUCGGCAUCCAAGAAGGUUUACUAAUGUAUGUGCUGUGGCUGUCCCAAAGCACCUGUGCCUAUGUCAUAAGUUCCUUAUCUGAUGAGAAAGUUGAUGGAGGAGAAUAUCAUGUGUGAUUGUAUUUCUUAGUCCUACUUUUAAAUAAAAUCCCUUAGAUCUAUAAUGCUAUGAUCAAAACCAAAUAAUCAAGGUCAAAGCUUUUAAUAUGGCUACACUUUCUAUUUUAUGUCUAAUAAUAAAAAAUAUUUAUGGAUUGUUUUAACACCAAAUUCAAGAUGUUUACUAUGAAUUAAUAAAAUCGAAUACCUAAAUUAUUUAUAAAUGUGUUUUGCAUCUUUAUAUUACGUAAAAUAUGUUAUUGUCAUAAUUACCUAAUAUACCUAACACAUUUCGAUACCUGUGAUGAGGAUUUACCUACAUUAUUAUAUAAGUAGAAUAGUAGAACUAGAACUAAUUUUUUAAAUAUCUGAUAACCGUGUGUUUAAGUUAAAGGAGUGAGCUUAUAAUAUACAUAUUCAUGUAAUGAAUAAAUGUGAUUAGCUAAUA